AUGGGUUGUUGCAAAUCAGCAGUAGUUGGAAUUCAAAACGAAGAAAAAGCUCUUCCAAAACCCAUUGAUCCUUGUCAAGAGACACUUCCACACCAAAAUAAACGUUCAAUAAAAUUACCAAAACCAGAAACAGUGACAUUUUGCAAUGUUGAAAAAAAUGAUCAGCCUGUUUCUUCACUGUUGUCGACACCUAGAGUACCUAACCAAAUCAGAAUACCAAUCAAUAUAUCUGAUGAAUCAAAUCAUUUCGAAUAUAAUUUUAUCAAUGUUCUUCUUCUUGGAGAAUCUGGUGUUGGUAAAUCAACGUUUAUCAAUGCCCUUGUCAAUUAUCUUAAAUUUGACAAACUUGAACAAGCUCAGUCUGGUCAACCUAUUGUACUUAUCCCUGUUUCAUUUCUUCUAACAGUUGGAGAUAAUUUUGAAGAACGAAUUGUUAGAUUUGGUAAUGAAGAUUCUAAUGAAGAUUUUCAUCAUCCAGGUCAAUCAGUAACUCAACAUUGUAGAUCAUAUGUUUUUACUGUUGGUACUCGAACGAAACUAAGAUUAAUUGAUACACCUGGAACAGGAGAUACUCGUGGACUUGAUCAAGAUUAUCUCAAUAUGGAACAUAUAAUAUCAUUUAUUACUAAUCUAUCACAUUUAAAUGCUAUUUGUAUACUUCUUAAACCAAAUGAAUCACGAUUAAACAUUGUUUUUCGUUCGUAUUUUAGUCAGUUGAUAGAUUUUUUAGGUGAAAAUAUUAGUAAUAAUAUUAUAUUUUGUUUUACCAAUACUCGAGCAACAUUUUAUAAUCCAGGUAAUACAGCUCCUUUACUUAAAGCAACGCUUGCUAAUCUUCCUAUUAAACAUAUUCCAUUUAAUAAAUCAAAUACAUUUUGUUUCGAUAAUGAAUCAUUUCGAUAUUUAAUUGCUAUUCAAAAUAAAAUUGAUUUUGAUGAUUAUCAAAAAGAAGAAUAUAAAGAAAGUUGGGGAAAUUCAGUAACUGAAUCGAAUCGUCUUCUUAGUUAUAUUUGUGGUGCAUUAAAAGCUUAUCCAUAUAUUGAAUGGAAAUCAAUCAAUCAUGCACAAUUUCAAAUCAAUCAAAUGAUUCGUCCAAUAUUAGAAACAAUUCGAAAUAUUCUUCGUAAUCUUAUAUUGUAUGAAGAAAAGUCAUCGAAACUAUUCAUAAGACUUUAUCCAUUUGUUGUAUCUCAUUCUUCGACCAUUUGUAUUAAAUGCAAACGUGUUCCUAAAGAUUAUAAUGAAUUUUGGAUUUAUCCUGAUGAUUUACAUAUAUUUUCAGUUAAAUGUUUGAAUUGCAAAUGUAGUCGAAAUAGACAUAUUGACGUUAAUUAUAGACUUGAUUAUGAAGUUUCAAAUAAUGUAAAUCGACAAUUUAUUGAUGAAAUGAAAUCAAUAUUGAAUCAACUCCAACAGGCAAUCUUAGAAUUUAGAUAUUUUUUUAUUGCUACAACUCAAUCAUUGAAAUCUAAUGAUGCAAUUAUAUCUUAUUUAAAUCAAAUGAUUGAAGAAGAAAAUCAAAUUUGUGAAUUAAAUGGCAACAAUAGUCUUAAUUUGAUAUUACAUAAAAAACUCAAUGAAUUUAAAGAAAACUAUGAACAAAUAGAAGAUGUAUCAACAUUAAAUAAAAAUUCAAUCAAUCUGACAAAGAUCUAUAAAUUAAUUCAGCAAAUAAGUAGAAUUGAUCUGAUUGAAAAACAAAUAGAUGUUAUCAAACAAUAUCAUCGAACAUAUAUGAAUGAACAAGAAAAAGAAGUCUCAUAG